UCUCAGGUGCCAGCUGCAGACCUGGCGGAGAAGGACGCCGGAGCAGAGAGCAUGAGGCCCUGGUGUCUGUGUCAGAUUUGCACCUGCGGACGGCAUCGUUGUCCACGUGGAAUCACAAGGGUUUAUGAACAUUCUGGCGUAUCUUGCCCCACGACAGAGUAUUUGGAAAAAUAUCCAAAAUAUGGUGAUGUUCUUCCACCUCAGAGUCUUAAACCAAAGCAAGAAUUUCAAGCUUACCGUGGUAGAAUGGAAGGAGUAACCACAUUUAAGUCAGAUUAUCGCCCUUAUGAAGUAGUCAAACAACCUCGCCACAUACCAGAAGAAUAUAAACCCAAACAGGGGGAUAUUGAUCUUGAUACUACCUACAAGCGAGAUUUUAAUCCUUACAAAGUACAGCCUGUGGUAAAAGUCCGGCCUGUGGAAAGACAACAAGUUAAAAGAGGAAAGUUGGACACUGUCCCAACUUAUAAAGAUGCUUAUAGAGCUUGGGAUAUUCAGAAAUGUGAACUUUGUAAACCAGAGCAAGCUUACCACCCCCCAGAUGUGAAAUUCGGAAACUCAACUACAUUUCAAGAUGACUAUGUUCCCCGGGAGAUAAAGCCUAGGCAAAGCUUUAAGCCCUGCUCUGUGCUCAAGUGUUCUGCAGGCCCUUUUAAUGGUGAUACAAGCCAUCGUCAAGAUUAUGUACCUCAUCAGCUAGAAGUCAAGUUUGCAAGGCCAAAGGAAGUUUAUAAGCCAACUGACCAGCCUUUUGAGGAUCUCACCACUCACCGGAAUGACUUUCAGGGUCUUUCUGGUGAAACUGCAAAAAUCUGCAGACCUUCCUAUACUAGAGUGACCCAAAGCACUCAGUUUAAAGGAAGCACUGAAUUCCGUGACAGCUUCCAACCAUGGGAACUCCCACCUCCCCCAGUCAAGAAAGUAGCAGAGUAUGUGCCCCCUUCAGGAAGCAUGCAGUUAAACAGCACCAGCCACCUUGACUAUGUUCCCUAUCAGACCAGCCGUGUGGUUGCCAUUAGGCCAGUUUCUCACAGAAGGAAAAGCAGUUUUCCUUUCCAAGGAAAAAGCACCAUGAAGGAAGAUUUUCCAGCAUGGGAAAGUUGUCGUCAAGGUCUUAUUAAGCAGCAGCAACAGAUUCCCAACCCAUCUGGAAAAUUUGAUGGUUUGAGCACUUUCAGAUCUCACUUUGUGCCACAUGAAUUGAUUCCAACAGAGAGCUGCAAACCUUCGAAUGCUGCUCCUAAGAGUUCAGUUCCACUUGAUGAUGUCACCAUGUACUCUAUACACUACACACCGAAGAAACAAGAGAUCUGCCCUGCUAGCUAUCCUUUUCCUCCAGGUUAUAUAUUUGAAAAUACAAAUUCCCAAGGACAUAAAUUCUUUCGCAAGAUUAGUCCUGCAGUGGAAGCCUUGUAG